CCGGUUAUGUGACGUCAUGGUCCGUGGAACAAAUUAGGAGGGAGCAGGUGUCUGUUCCCGGCACUUGUGCUAGCUUGACACGCAGCUGCUGUUGCUCCGCGGUGGCACAGCCAUGAAAGUGGUGGAGGCGGACAUUGUUGUGGCAACAGGAUGAGCAGUGGUGGUGUCCCUGCCGCGAGGAAUGGCGAGAUAGGGAUAGGGCUGUGCUUUAUUUCUGUUUGUUGAGAAGAAAUCUUUUGGAACAACAAUAACAACAGAAACACAGUCGACGGCAGCAGCGGCAGCAACAGCGGCGGCACCGUGCGGACUCCCUCUGCUUCUGCAGCCACCGGGGGAAGUGAGUUCAUUGAGCCGAGGCGAGCGCAGCGCAGCCUGAUGAGAUGCAAGCCACGUAAAUAUCGCAACAUCUGCAGCAGCGGGUCGUGCGGCUCCGAGGCUGCGGGAUCAAACCUCCGUGGAUGAGCCGUUAGAAAAAGGGGGGAAAAACACCCUGAUUUUUGUCUUCAAAACACAACGAGAGGGGGUGAAAGUAGGCUUUUCCUGCAGGCCUUUCAGGAGAACACAGCCUGCUGUGGAGAGGAUGACAGAUUGACAUUAAUGAGGGUUUGCGGUGCCGUUUCAUACACGACCUCAUUAGAGCUUUUUCCACACAGAACAGACUCAAGGUUCGGCGUUAACACCGGGCGACUGGAGGGAAAACCAUCCAGACACAGAAAUCACAUGUUUCUGCCUGGAUUUGGCCUCUUGUCCUGGAAUAAUGGUGCAGCCUUCAUGACAUCAGCCCAACAAGAUGAGGAUGAGGAUGUGGUGUUGAAGACUGGGGUAUAGAGCCGUCUCAUCGAACCGAAUCUCAGGGUACCAUCAUCAAAGUGUGCAGUUUUAUAAGAAGACAAUGGGCAGCGAGGGUGAGGUAAUAAACAGAGAGCUGUCGAAGAUGUCUGACGAAGACCUGCUGUCGUGCUCCAAAGAGGAGCUGGUGAGUCGGCUGCGUAAAGAGGAGUCCGAGAAAAUCUCAGCCCUCAUCCAGAGAGGACGCCUGAUCAAGGAGGUAAACAAACAGCUGCAGGGACACCUCCUGGAGAUCAGGGAGCUGAAAGUCAUCAACCAGCGCCUCCAGGAGGAGAACACGGAGCUGCGGGACCUGUGCUGCUUCCUGGACGACGACCGGCUCAAAGUGAAGAAGCUGGCCCGGGAGUGGCAGCUGUUCGGGCAUCACGCCGCCAAAGUGAUGCGGGAGGACCUUGGCGGAUAUUUGAAAAAGCUCGCAGACCUGGAGCGCAUGCAGGACGGCCUGGUGAAGGAGAACCUGGACCUGAAGGAGCUGUGUCUGGUCCUGGAGGAGGAGUGUGUCAGCAGGAGUGACUCCAGCCCCGGCGGCUCCACCGAGCUCAACCUGCCCUGCAUGGUAGCCCGGGACCUGGGGGACGGCAGCUCGAGCACAGGCAGCGUGGGAAGUCCGGACCAGCUCCACCUGGUGUGCUCACCUGAUGACUGACGACGGUGAAAGAAGAAUGACUCACUAACUGAUGCUUUGUCAGACAGUCUAUAUACACAACAGUCUGCAGCAAAAAAAAAAGAGCCCACAACAUUAUAGGGCCUGAAUACUGCACAGAUGUGUGUGUCACCACUUUUGACUUGACAAAGGUUCUUCACUAUGGACGUUUUUAGGACAUUUAAUAGGUGUUUUUUCCAGAUGAUAAUGUAUUUUACAGUGUUUUUCUAAGGACUUGACAUGUUUUGGGGAAAUCCUUUUUCAGUUGUCUGUUGUUGAAAAGAAAAAAAAAUGGGACCAGAAAAGUGGGUCACAUAAAUUUAUCUCAUGCACUGGACUAGCCUACACUGGUAGAAGCCUUUUUUCUAUUGCACUGGACAGCGUUAUCAUGGAUCUUUAAAUCUUUAAAAGAUUCAUUUCCAAUCCAGUUUUGAGCCAUAUUUAGUCCACUGAACUCCAAUAGCACUGACAUAGGCCUACAGUUGAGUUGUGAUAAAAAGGUUAAAGGAAAAAAAAUGAAACUAUUUGAUAAUUGCUUUUGCUAUUGAUGCCCAAUAAUGUGUAAUAUUUUAUGCACUCUCUUCCUCAGGGCAGGAGUGGAGUGCCAUAUGUGCAUGAUGACUGUCACAUUUGUACAGGCCUGUGAAUCAGACUUGAGUUGAAGUCCCUUCAGGUUUACUGCAGGUGGCGCUGCUGUGCAUAAUGUAACCUGUGCUCCAUGAGCCAGCGUGCUUUUUAAAGGUCCAGUGUGUAUCAUUUAGGGUGGGGUUUGUUUUCAGGUAGAAAUUGUACGGAAGAGUAUUAGGGCCACAUGUAAAAAAAUUGAAAGAAAGAAAAUAUUUAAAAGAGCAUGGACUCUGAGAAAAAAGUCAUAAUUCUGAGAAUCUGAGAAAAAGUCAUAAUUCUGAGAAUCUGAGAAAAAGUCAUAAUUCUGAGAAAAAGACAGAAUUCUGAGUGAAAAAAUGGCAGAAUACUGAAUGUAUAGUCAGAAUUCUGAGCAUCUGAGAUUAAAGUCACAAUUCUAAACUUUUUUUCUCAGAUUCUCAGAAUUCUGACUUUAAUCUCAGAAUUUAUGCUGUUCUUUCAAAACAAUGUACACAUGGCCCUUUUACUCUUCUGUAAGAUUGAAUAUUCUGCACACAAGUGUGUUGUAGAAUAUAUUCUCUUUAAAGUAAAAUAGUUUUGUUUUUGUAGCCUUAGAAUAAGCAUUUUACAUCAAUGUUUCUGCAGCAAAAGAUGCAGAACUGCAUAACACAAAAAUGAAGAAAACAGCAUCCUUUCUGUCACAAGAAGGCCACCUAACUAAUAAUUUGCAGUCCCACCAUCACAUGGAGUAUAUUCUUACACACUGGACCUUUAAGGCACGAUAAAUGUCCUUGGACCUCACUCAGAGCUGAACUGCAUAAGUUCUGUCACUUUUUUUAAAAUCCGACUGGAAACUCUUUAUAUGAAACUGGAAGGUCUAGAACUUUUAUGGAUUUCUGUUCUGAUCUGUUCGAGCUGAGCUGUUUUUAUUUUUAUCAUUAUUACCUUGUUGUUGUUGUUGAUGUUUUAUUAGCAUAUCACGGUUUGUUUAAGUUGGGGGGAGUGGUCAGGUUUUUCUCCUCUGUAUCUCAUGCUUUGUAUUUAUCCUGUGACAUUAGGGAUCUUAACUUUCUUAACUUUGACUCUCCUUAAUCUUGAUUUAUUUGUAUUACUUAGCAUAACUAACCCAUCUCAGUUUGAGUCAUAGAUACCGCACAUUGAUUAGGGCAGAUUUAUUUUGUUGUUAUAGCUGUUUUAAUUGGUGGACUUUGCUCAUGGUGCAUUGGAGAGAGCUUUAAAUACAAUGGGUAUGACACUUUGGGCUGUUCAGACCUUUGUGUGUGUGUAUGUGUGUUUACAUUUGCAGAAGCAAACACUCAGACAUGCAUGUCACAGAAUGAAGCAUUGAUUUCUGCAUGUGUGGUUUCUGACCUCCACGUCUGAAUCAACUGUGCAUGCUCCAUGUUCCCUUCAUGCCACACAGAGGGAUUUUACAGAAGUUUUAUUUUUAGUCCCGGGCACUGAUGAAGGCACUAAUGCUUUUAUGCACUUAGUGAUGCACUGAUGCCCUUUGACAGCAGCAUACACUGAUUUUUUUCUUCUUCUCAUGCUCUCCAGCUUUCAAUCCUCCCCACUCUCUCUCUCUAACCUCAUUUUAGCAGAGUGACCCGAUACCCGCUGAGCCGUGUGUUAGCGAGAGAUUCAAUUCAUUUUUGGGGGAAUGGAGUAACAGAGAACUCUGUGUUCACAGCGUAGGGGCAAAGGACACUGUCAUUAGGAGUUUGUCAGUGUUGCAGCAGCCAAAAGCUGCUAAGCUUUUUCCCUAAAUCUUCACUUUAUGCCCAUUUGUUAUUAUCUACUAUACUCUGCUCACUACUGUCCCAAUGAAAAUGUCAUAAAAUAAUGAAAUAAGCCCAUAAUAAUAAUUGACCCAUUGUCAAAUACUCUCUUUACAUUGAUGUUCAACAUAGAAAAGAAGACGCAAAUCCUGACUUUAUAGAAGAUUGAACCAGAUAAUAUUUGGUAUUUUUGCUUGAUUACACGCAUGAAACAAUCACAGUUAUCAGAAUAACUCAGUUAAUCUACUACGGGUGUGUUUAAAUUUCAGUUUGUGCUAAAUCUUUUUGUACACUUUCAAUGAACUGAUCUGAAUCUGAUAAAUCUGUUGCUUUGA